CUCCAGGGCUUCGCUUUCUGCAUACUACCCCACAGACCGCACAAUAUCUGAGACGCCACUCGGUGGAUCUGAAGCCUCGCAACUUCACAAUGUGGCCAUCUUUUCUCUCUUGCCUCGCAUUUAUUGCUUUCACUCUCGUACCUCCUGUUUUUGCUGGUACGAAAGAAAUCUGGUGGAAUAUAACCUACGUGGACGACAUCAGCCCGGAUGGACUCUACCCCCGACGCGUCGUCGGCGUCAAUGGCACCUGGCCGCCACCGCCCUUCGACGUCAACUCGAAUGAGGACCUACUUGUUCAUGUGACAAACUCUUUGGACGUUCCUACCUCGCUCCAUCACCAUGGCAUGUUUUUCAAUUCUACCGCAUGGAUGGACGGCGCUGUGGGUCUCUCCCAAUGCGGCAUACCUGUUGGAUCUACUUUCGGCUAUGUCGUCCCCGUCAGUACCUCCGGCCAACGAGGGACUUACUGGGUUCAUGCCCACGCUUCCGGUCAAUAUGUCGAUGGGCUACGUGCUCCAUUCGUGAUCAACCCCGAAUCCGAAGUCUACUCAUAUGAUGAAGAAUACACGAUCGUCCUCGGAGACUGGUAUCAUGAACAACACAGCGACCUAUUGGCCGAGUUCAUCAACGUCGAUAAUCCUGAGGGUAAUGAGCCCGUGCCAGACUCUGCGUUGAUGUACUUCGCCCAAAACGCGACCUAUCUUCCUCCCGUUUCCGGCACAUCCUCUGAUGUGACUAGUUCUGCUGUCGGCUUCAACGAGAACGCGACCUUGCCAUUCGAGCCUGGGAAGACAUACCGAUUGCGUGUCGUCAACACGGCGGCCUUCGCAGGGUUCUACUUCUGGAUCGACGGGCAUGAGAUGAGAGUCAUAGAGGCGGACGGAAUUGACACAGAGGAGUACUCAGCCGAGAUGCUAUCCUUGACUGUCGCUCAGCGCUACUCUGUCCUCGUCACCGCGCGAAACGAUACCUCGUCUAAUUGGGCAAUCCACGCGAACAUGGACGUCGACAUGUUCGACGACCUACCCGAUGCAUUGGAUCCAAACGUGACCUCGACAAUCACAUACAACUCGUCUACCCCGACGGCUGACAUAGGAUUUGUAGACGAAUUUCUAAUGUUAAACGAUAGCGCACUCGUGCCGAUCGAAGUCGUGCCGAUGUAUCCUCCCGCAGACCUCACCAUACCAUUGGUCGUCCUCCUAGAAACCAUGGAUGAUGGUACGAAUCGCGGAAUGUUCAACGAUGUAACAUACAACGCGCCUUUAGUGCCCGGGAUACUCUCUGCACUUACUCUCGGGGAGAACGCGACGGUGGCCGGUGCGUACGGACCCACCAGUUUAGUAUGGAACCAUUUGGAUGUUGUAGACAUCGUGUUAAUGAACGACGAUGACGGUAAACAUCCAUUCCACUUACAUGGGCACACCAUGCAAAUCAUCCACCGCGCCGAAAACUAUACCUCUGAUGAUCCAGAGCUGAAUCCUCCAUUCAUCGAGGGCCAAGCGAACCCUAUGCGACGAGAUACCGUCCAUGUCCCCGGUGGAGGAUCAGUCACACUACGUGUCGUCGCAGACAACCCCGGUGUCUGGUUCAUUCACUGUCACAUCGAAUGGCACCUUGAAUCCGGCCUCGCACUAACCAUCAUCGAAGCCCCCCUCAUCGCACAAUCCCGCACUGAACUCGGAGGCGGCGUACCCUCGUUCAUCACCGAACAGUGCGCUGCGCUUGGUUAUCCUACCAGCGGGAACGCAGCUGGAAAACAUAGUGCGACCGAUUUGGAGGGAUUGCCAGUUGGACCACACAGGCCGAAGGAUGAAGACGAUGAGGUUCGCGGAUGGUUUAGAUUUGGAUGGGGUGUAGUAGGGUGGUCAAAGAGUUGGGUUAUGUUCGGAGGUGGAGUUGCGGCUUUGCUGGGCCUAAUCAUGAUCGUGAAGUCCUUCCGGAACAGGUCACGGACCCGGAUCAGUGCGGAAGACGAGGUCAUGAAUGGACACACUAACAAGACUGUCAAGGUCGUAGAAGACAGGUUCUCUGCGCACAGCCGCGAGGAGGCUAAAGCACUGCUCAGUGCUUGAUAAUAUCCCCACACUAAAGAGUCCACGGAAUACAGAACUAGAUUGAGCGUACAUCAUUACUACUUUUCUUCUGCUCUAGAGCUACCAGGUUUGUACGGACAGCGCCUAUCAUCACUACUCCCCAAUUCCACAUAGUUCAUCUAU